ACCCUCCCCACUCCAGGCGCUCCCCGGGGAGGAGCCGGCCGGGUCGCACCGGGCCCGCUCGCCAAGUCCGGCUCCGAGCGGCCAAACCCAGCCCCCUGGGCUCGGGGUGGGCGGGGGAGGGCCGGCCGGCGGGGCGCCUCUCCUGCAGGGAGCGGGAGGACGGGCGAAACUUUCAACGCCGGCGACGGUGAGGCACCAGCGGCCACCGAGGCGAGCGCUGCCGGCAUGGGCCCCGACGCGCUGCAACUGGGCACCUACGGCGGGGCGGCCGCCGCCGCCCUGCUCCUCUGGGCCGUGUGCGUGCUCUGCAGGAGGAAGAGGAAAACUGGAGAGCCCCCGCUAAUAAAUGGCUGGAUUCCUUACCUUGGGAAGGCUUUGAUUUUUAGAAAAGAUGCUUUCAAAUUCUUACUGGAUCAGCAAAAGAAACUUGGAGAUAUUUUCACUGUACAUAUUGCUGGUAGAUAUAUUACCUUCAUCAUGGACCCAUUUCAAUAUGUCUAUGUCAUCCGAAAUAGCAAGCAACUUGAAUUUCAUGAAUUUGCUGAUAAAAUGGCUUCCAGAACUUUUGACUACCCAGCCUUGUCAAAAGGAAAAUUCCCCGAUCUCAAGGAAAACCUGCACAGAAUCUACCAGUAUCUACAAGGCAAGCCUUUGGAUAUCAUUUCUGACCACAUGAUGAAAAAUCUCCAGGAUAUAUUUGAAUGGAAAUGCUCACAAGCAACAGAUUGGGAAACAGAAAAAAUGUACAAAUUCUGCUGCUCUGUAAUGUUUGAAGCCAGUUUUGUAACACUGUAUGGAAGAGUUCCUGCUGCAGAUGGCCACAAAGUUAUUAGUGAAAUCAGAGACAAAUUUAUCAAGUUUGAUGCCAGCUUUCCCUAUUUAGCUGCAAACAUACCAAUUGAGUUGCUAGGAGCUACCAAGAAGGUUCGGAAGGAGCUUAUACAUCAUUUUUUACUUCAGAACAUGACAAAAUGGCUGGGAGGGUCAAAAGUGGUCCAAGCCAGACAAGAUAUAUUUGAGAAAUAUGAGCUGCUUGGAGAUUAUGACAAAGCAGCACAUCAUUUUGCCUUCCUGUGGGCCUCUGUGGGAAACACGAUUCCAGCUACAUUCUGGGCCAUGUAUUAUCUUCUGCGGCACCCAGAAGCUCUUGCAGCGGUGCGUGACGAGAUUGACCAUUUGCUGCAGUCAACAGGUCAAAAGAGAGGGCCCACAUAUAACAUCCACCUCACCAGAGAACAAUUGGACAACCUGGUCUACCUAGAGAGUGCCUUAAACGAGAGUUUACGCAUGUGCUCGUCCUCCAUGAACAUUCGCAUCAGCCAGGAGGAUUUUGUUCUCAAGCUCGAAGGGAAUCAAGAAGUCGGUUUGAGGAAAGGAGACUGGAUAGCCCUUUACCCGCAGAUUUUGCACAUGGACCCUGAGGUCUAUGAAGAUCCUAAGGAGUAUAAAUUCGAUCGAUACAUAGAGAAUGGCAAGAAGAAAACCACAUUCUACAAGGCAGGAAGAAAACUGAAGUAUUUCCUAAUGCCCUUUGGCUCUGGGAUCAGCAUGUGUCCAGGGAGGUUCCUUGCAAUGAACGAGAUGAAGAUGUUUCUUUUCUUACUGUUGGCUCAUUUCGAUGUAGAACUAGUGGAAAACAAAGCUGUCAGACUUGAUAACAGUCGUAUGGGCCUUGGUAUCCUCCUGCCAGACGUUGAUAUUACCUUUCGUUACAAGCUAAGGUCCUUAAGAAAGUGAGCGGCUGCCUAUAUGCCUUCUACUAAUCUCCAUAUUUGUUUUGUUUCAUCACUUAGCUUUGUAUUUUUGGAAACAUUUGCUUUUCCCUCUCUGCCUUUACCUCCUUCCUACUUGUUUCUAAGAAAAGCCCUUGGGCUGGAGGUAGAUAUCAGAUGCAGGGACGUGCCACCUCAAUUUGUCCUGCCUGAGUUGUGAGUAGUGAGGUGAGAUGACAAGAGUUAGGCCAAGUGAAUAGCCCAAUGUCCCUACAAGACGGACCCCCAAACACUUGGCCAUGAGUUGAGUAGGAUUUACAGGGAGGAUGACAUCAAGCCGAAUCCAGGCCAUUUGUAUGGGAAACGGGCUCAGCAGCCCUCUGUCACAGGGGGUUCCCCCUUGUUAGAUUGGGAGGUCCCAUACACCCACCAUCUGGAGGCAUCUCUGCAUCUGCUCAUAGAAGCAUAAUAGGAAGAAAGGGGGAACUUAAUUCUAGAGGGUGAAAGAAUUUUUAGUGAUUAUUAUUCUAACUUUUUAUUUACUCUGUUCCCUUCAUGGUCUCGAGUGUCGUAGCCCUUAUUUGGGAGAUGUGAUGGAAGCUGUGUGGAGUGGUGGGGGAUGAUUUGCAAGAAUGUCUUACUGGCAACACAUUUCUGACUUCAGUUGUAUGUACUGAGGGUGAAUGCUUUGCUUUUCUUCUUUUUUUUUUUUUUUGGUGCAAUGCAAAGAAAUUAAAAUCUGUGAUUUUUUUCCUGCAGUCAUUUAAAGUCAGAAGGGAGGUUCUGUCGAUUUUAAUAGGCUCUGGAUCAAGCCUAAAUUAUCUAUUUUGGCUUUUGAGCCGAAAAAGUAUAUUCUUCAGGGAGAAAAUAUAGGAACCUGUUUGAAAUGAUUCUGUCAUCUAAAAAAUUACCUCCUGUUUGUCUCGCUGUUUUCCUAGUAACAUGUCCGUGUGUUUAUUUUGACCAUUUCUUGUGUUUGUUUGCUUCUCCAAAAAGGCAAAAUAAGAAGAGGGCUUCAAGGGCAAGUGUGGUAUCUAAAACUACUUUUUUAUAGUGUUUUACUGUGCCUAAGUGAUGCAUAGGCAGAGUAGUGUGACCUGUGUUUGGAAACAGACUUUCCCAUCUACAAAUUGGAAAAUUGGGGCCAAAAUUUGAGCAAGUGAAAACCCUGGGCAGCCACAGAAGUUACCUCUGUUAUGCUGGCUGCCCAACCUGCUUCACUGGGUGACCAGCUCUUGUUUCAAAAAUGAAUUUACUAGUGCGCGGGAUCUGAGAUUUUUAGACCCUGUCUGUCUUCCUAGCCAUCACUUCAAAGACUGAUAAGGAUUCUCGUGGCUGUCCAGUCUCAAUUUGCCUUGUGUUCCCAAAAAAAACAUAUCUUUGGGAUGUGCCAGCAUAAGUCUUUAAAAAUCAGAAAUUUUACUCAUCUCUAAAGCACUUGAUGGCCUAUGGAUGGAAACUGCUACGUACAUACUCAGGAUUAGAAUUAUGUAUUGUUAUUUGUUUAGAAGCCUGUUUAGUUAUUCAUGUAAAGCACAUACCCUAAAUAAGCAUCAGCAUCAGUAGAAAGGCUUUCAGAGACUGGCACAGCCACAUUCCAAAUCCUCCGAGGAGAAAAUUGUGGUUUUGUGAGAUAUAUUGGAUAAACAUUUUCUCUUCAUAUAUAAUAUCCAUGAUGUCUACAGUGUUGGAGUACGCUUACAUUAAAUGGGCUUUGCAGUUGAUUAAAUGCUUUAACUUUGCUUCAACAUUUAAUCAACAGCAAAAGCUGAUUAUUGCUUUGUGCCACAGAAUAAAAUUUGUUUUUAUGGAGAGAUUCUUGUACUCAAGUUACUUACUGCUGUAGUUACUCUGUAGGAGCUAUUCUGUACUCAGCCAUAGCUCACAAUGCAGUUUGGACAUUAGAGCCUGGUUUAUUGAGAGAGGAAAUGUUGAUAUCAUUACACCAUUGACUGUAUUCCAUUAUUGCUUAAAUGUAAGCUGUAAAAUGUCUCAUGCCACAGUUCUGAUAAAUCUUUCUUUGGCAUCCAACUUUGAAACAAACCUGAAGCAACUGUGAAAAUAACAGUAGGUAUUUGUUUCAAACAGAAGACUUUUUUUUUAUAAUUGUAUUCUAUUUUUAGGAUUUUGAAUUAGAAUAUCACAGGCUGCUGCAUAAUUUGGUAGGACAUAAUAGAACUGUGCCAAAAGUACAUGCAAAUCAUUAGUAAUUUCAGAUUAAUUGCUGAUCAGUUUGUAUAGUAUCUAUUUUGAAAUUAAAAGAAGAGCUAGAUUGUCUGCAAAAUAGCAAAUUAAAUCUGUAGGGCAUGCUUCCAUUUAAAAAAGAAAAAAAGGGUCGGAAUCUUUCCCGGGAGUUGCAGGAAACCUCUGUGAAGGCACCUGGGGGCCUCAUGUCGGGGUUGGAGAACACUCUGCACCAUGCAAGAGGCCAGAGUUUUGCUGGGAUAAGAGUUGCUCUUUUUGCUCAGGGACCAAAAUAAUCAAAUGUAAAGCAGGGCCUGCCCAGCUUGUCCUGGGACUGUGUCCCUGGUAACCCGUGCUCCUGGUAGAUAAGUUUUGCUGGUAAGCAGUGCAUCACUACCUUAGCAUACCCCAGCUGCGGAGGAGGUAAGCCUCACCCCCAUGUAAAGUCAUGAGAGCUAGAGCAGAUCGGAGGAAACGUUAAGCACUUCUGGUCCAUGUACUCAGCAGCUGAGGAGGUGACUUAUUGAGAGUCGUUGGCAGCUGGUCUGACCAGGAGCGACUCGGUCUCCACGGAGCAGGGAGUGAAAGGCCCACGGUGUCAGUAUUCCUGGUCAAUAAGCUGUAGCAGCACAACGGGAUGAGCGUGCCCCAUCCCUGGAGGUCCCGGCUGGAGCCAAGCUGGCCGCAGCGUGCUGUGCCGAGGAGGGCAUGAGUCAUGAUUUAGGCACAAUAUGGUUUUUGAUGACCACCUCUGCCGCAGAACCCAGGAGCGACCAGCUCUUAGUGUCUGUCACUGGGUCACUAAGACAGCAAAAUCAUCUAAGCAGAAACAGCAGUGCUGUUUGCAAGCAUUCAGGUGCCAGUGGUGCUGCGGUGGUGAGUGGUCAGAGGCAGUCAGACCUUGUGCUUCCUUGUCCCUCCUCUCCACUUCAGCAGGGGGGUCUGCCCGGCGAGCCCAGCAAUGCCGGCUUGUCUCAUCGGCUGACCCGGCGGGCGUAGGGUCAGCCAGGAGAAGUGCGUGGGUGCCCCUUGAAUUUUCUCUGCCGUUCCUCUAGUGAAAUGGUGCGCUCCCUGAUCAGUUUGAGAUGUGACUCGGCUGGUCAGUACCAGCCUCCGACUGUAAGUUGUCGCUGCCUAUGGCUAUAUUGGUAAUAUCUUCUGCUAUUAAAAAAAAAAAAAAAAUCACCUUUUUUCUCAUAUAAAAUAGGUUUAUUAAGUCAGUAUGGCCCUUUAUAGUACCCGAGAAGAAAAGUGAAUUCAUCAUCAACUAAUGUGAAUGCUAAAAUGUGAUUUUUUUAUUAUUAUUGUUCUUAUUUUAAUUUAUAGAUUGUAUGUUUUCCGUUUUCGUGCUGGCAUUCAGUACUGCUAUAAGCCAUUGUAAACUUUUUAAACUGUUACAUUACUUAAAAGACCGUGCUACUCUAUGUGUACCUGUUUGCAGAUUAGACGUUCACAUCUCUGCCACUGUGUCCUAAUGUGCUAAUAUAAAACCGUGUAAGAGUUGUUCUUUAGUUUAUGCUUUUAAGCCAGUUGCAUGUCACUAUUUUUGGCAUUGCCAUUUUUAUGAAUAAUUACUGGUCUGUGAAUUUAUCUUGUAGAAUUAUAAAUGAUCUUUUAUUUCAUCAUUAUUGAACUUUGUGACAUUCAAAAGAUUGUGAACUGCUCUUAAUCGUGCAAACUGACAUUUUGUGUAUAGAUGAACAACAGUUGGGUUCUACUUUAAUAGUUAAUAUCCAUCAUUAAGGCUCUUAGCUUGAAUAAGGUAUAUUGUGAAUUCCUGAGCAAGAAAAUUGAAACUUCAUUAUUUUAGUAAUCUAACAUCUUAAGUGAAUUUUGUAUUUCAAGGACACAAUAAAAAUGAAUAUAUCUAUUUUAAUAUUGAA